UAAAACAUAUCCCUUUCCGUUUCUUCUGGCGAACAGUUUUACUGGCCAUGUCAUGGAUCGAUGGUUUAUCGUCUGGGGUAUUUAUUUCAUCUGUGCAGUUUUAAUAUUCGAUUUGACGUGCUUCAUAGCACCCUUUUUGCAGAGAUAUUCUUAUUUAGUGGCUAAAACUCUGUUUUGUGCAGUGAUAGGUCACUGUCUUUUUAUAUUCAUUCAAGAAAAGGUUUCUAAAGAGCGUGUAAAUCCAAAUGGUAAAGCUGUUUUCAUAACAGGAUGUGACUCUGGAUUUGGGUACCAGUUGGCAAAGCAGCUGCAUUCGUUAGGGUACCGUGUAUUUGCUGGUUGUCUAUUUCCUGAAACUGGUGGAGCAGCUGAGCUGAAAAAUGAGUGUCCAGGUAAAAUGUCGAUUGUACAUAUCGAUGUAACAAAGGAUGAAAGCGUGAAGAAGGCCAAGGACUUCGUCCUUCAGAAUUUAAAAGGCUGUGAUUUAUGGGCUCUUGUGAAUAAUGCAGGCAUCUAUAAAGGUUUCAGUGUUGAAUUCUCCAAGAUUUCUGAUUUCCAAGACUCUCUUGAUGUAAAUACUUUAGGGCAAGUGCGAGUGACUAAGGCAUUCCUUCCUUUACUGAGGGAGUGCAAAGGCAGAAUUAUCAAUGUUAACAGCUUGGCAGGACGCAUCGCUUGUGCUCACAUGACUGCCUACUCUAUGAGCAAAUUCGCCUCCGUUUGUUUCACUGAAGGCUUAAGAAGAGAAAUGGCGCCUUGGGGAAUCAAAGUUAUUUCCAUAGAGCCUGAAUUUUUCAAAACUCCCUUGACUAACAAAGAAAACUUGAGGAAAUACCUUGAAAAUACCUGUGCAGGUGUGGAGAAUGGAAUCAAAUUCGAUUAUGGAGAAUUAUACAUGGACAGGAUUAAAGCUAUGCUUACAGAUCUUUUUGGUUUGUCAUCUUCAAAAACUCACAUCGUGACAGAUGCCAUCGAGGCAGCCAUUAGCACAAAACAUCCAUGCAUUGUGUAUAGGCCUUCAGCAAAUAUAAUACGAUAUAUUUUCUGGUAUUACGCCGAAAAAGUUCCUAGUCACGUAUUUGAUGCAUUCUUUAAAAUGGGAAACAUCGUGUGGAAAAUUCCAGCUCCCAAGGCUGCUCGAACGUAAUGAAAUUAAUAUUUAAUCGAUAUUUAAGAAAACAUGCAAAUUGUUUUAGAUCUGAAAUAAAUAAAUAUAGAUUAUUUUUAUUAUUUUAUAGUAAUAAGUUUUUUAAGAAAUUUAAUUGCUUAUAGGAAAACGUAAUAAAAACAAUUAGGUAUUUUGGGAUUAUCCCGUCGACCUGUCAACGCUGGCGAAAAUGCGUCAAUACUCGCGAAAUGCGCCAAAGGGUUGUCAUUACCUUUUGGCGAUAUUAUCGGGUUUGGCGAAAAUGGUCGACGGUAUGAUCCCAAAGUACCAAAAUUUCUGUGUAAAUUUUGCCAGUCAUUGCAGUAAAAUGCUUUAUUAAAAAUUUUAUGCGCAAAUUAGUUAUACUAUCAAAAUUAACAUGCAAAGAUAAAUAUAAAAUUUUAAAAACAUUCAUUCAAAUAUGUUUUUCAUGCAAUUAUAAGCGGUUUCUUUAUAAAAUAUUGAUUAACAAAAAAUAAAAUACAUUUUCAAAAUAAAUUUGUAUUAAUUUUUUCCAUUGCGUUAUUGUUCCAUUUCAAAUUCAACUGAUUUUAUCAAAAAUUUUCUAAACAUUUGGCAAAUUCAGCAAGAAUGAAACUUUGAAAACUUCUGCUACAUUGUAUAUAAAAUUUUUCUAAGAUAAAACAUUGUCUCAAUCGCAUCACCGUAUUUCCAAAGAUAGAAAUAUAUCCAACAUUCAAAUUCUUUUUCUUAUUUCAAAUUAUUCUUAAAUGAUUGUAUCAAUGGUUAUUCUGAAAAGAAAUUCUACUGUAUAUUUCAUAGG